AUGAGACUGAAGUGGAUAAUCACCCGCGGCUGGAUGACAUGCGUCCUCGUCAGUUUUUACGCACAGGUAAACACACGCAUGUGGUGAUAAAAGGAUUGUUUUGUGUCUUUUAUUCAAAAAUGUUGGAGUUUAUUUCUUAUUAAGGUUAUUUUUCUGUUUGUUUUGUCUCCUUUGCGUCACCUCUGAUGGGCUGACAAUGACUAAUGACACCAAAUACCAAGUCUCGUGGUGGUUUAUUUCUCUUGAGUUGAUGGUUAAGCAGAAAUGUAACAGUAAACCAGAGAAUGUGUCACCACAGUAGAUGAUUUUUGUAUGAGCUGGUCACAGAAAGAAGACUGACUGGAACCAGUUGUGUUUGGUUCGGGUCCACUUCCAAUGUUCUUACCGCAGGCACGCCGCUGGCAACUGGAUGCUCGUUUCCCCCCCAACUUCGCAUUCUCUCCCGGUGUAGAGAGGAGCAGAAUGGCUCAUCAGGAACCUUAUUAGCUCAUCUAGAAGAACAGGGGUCUAAAAAACUGGUCCACGGUGACUCAGAUGGUCUGCCACUAAAACUUGAGAUAGUUUUAUUACUGAAAAGAAUGUGAUUGCUCUAUAAAACCACAGGUGGACAAUUGUUAUUUACUAAACAGCAACUUUUUAUCCCUCAGGAUUCUCUAAAGCAAAACACUGGCUUUUUCAAAACAGCAUAAUGUGUCAGCUGAUGGGGAAAAAAAGUGAAUGGCUUUGACAUUCUUUUGUCCAUGUUGUUGUUUAGCUCAAACUGCUAACUCUGACCAGGUGGAGGAGUUUAUAAGAUGUGGUUGUAGUGGUGGGACUGCUGGGCACCAGUGAUCUAUCACUGCCUGUUUGCCCAGUCUGUGUUACGGUAAGCCAGCAUGGUUAUGACUGUGACUGGAACAGGCUCUUUUCCUGGCCCCCCUUUUCUUUUUUUCUCACUCUGAUUUGACAGGAAGUGUUCUAAGAGAUAAAGUUAAGGCAGGUUGUUUUGGUGCACGCAGAGAUCCGGAGAGUAAAUGGCUCAGAAAUGUUCUUCACGGCUUGUCAAAUGCAUGCAUAUUUGUUCAAGUAGUGGUAACAAUGAGUGAGCAAAUACAGACGCCUGGAGGAGAAGUCAGAGAGGGGAAGGGAAGCUGUAUUUUUCAUGUAUGUUUCAAGGUGACAAGGCAAACUUUUUGGCUUUGGUUAGUUCUCACCGUGGUCUUCCAUUACUGACUCACAGUAUUCCCAAAGAAUUCCCCUUCAGUUUCUUGGUUUUCAACCGCUUCAUGCGAUCCCUUCCAAAUUCAUUUCCAACUGUCUGUGUGACAUUGAGCAACACAAGAUUACUUCAAGAUGUGGAACGUGUAAAAAGUCAAUAUAUUAUGAGAAGACUGAGCUUUUGUGGAUUCAUUUACUGGCCUGAAGCGUUCGGACAUUUGAAUGUGAAGAUUCUCAAGACAGCCGUGCAUUGAUGCAUCUGACCAUCAUCUGACAGUUAACCUUUCAUAACAGUCAUAACAUGUAAAGUUCAAUGAACAGCCCCUUUGACUGUUUGUUUUCUCCAUUAAAAAGUCAUUUUUAUUAUCCCCCCGUGCCAACCAUCCAUCAUGUCAGUUACAAGUAUUAUGUCUGACUCAAUCUGAGCGAUAACUGCCUCAGGCCUGCAGAUCCAAACUUGAUUUCACACUACAGACAACAAAGACUCUCAAUUGAUAGAUAAAGUAUGAAGACAUUUAUGACAAAGAAGCUCUGUGUUGAGAGGGGGGAAUGAUUAGACCACUUUUUUAAAAUCCGUAACACAGAUUUGAUCCAGAUUUUCAAUUACAAAUCAGCACGAUAAAAGCAUUUACACACGGACAUGUUUUCUGAUGUUUACAAGGAUCUGUUUUGGCAUUUUCAUUUCCGUUGUUUGAGCUUUUCCAUUUCUUAUGUUCCUGCUAUUACUGUCCAUGCAAAUUUCCCAACCAACUUAUUUGCACUGAAUCAUUCCCUCCGCUGUAACUCUGGAAGAUAUCUGUUGUAUGAGUUGUUUCCAAGGAAAGAUAAUCAGUAUUUCCCAGGUAAGGUCAAUUCUAUGUAUUUUUAGAGCAGAUAAAGUGCAGGUAAUCCCUGAGUUACUAAAGGGUCUUUGUCUGAAAUGCUCGGCACAUGCUGGAUAGUUUAACACUGCUAUGCAAAGACAGUCAGAAAGAAUAAAUACAUUAACUAAACACAUAAUCUAAGUUUAAACUGAUAACUGAAUACAAAAGCAGGUUUAAUUGUUGGAUAAGAAAGGGAAACUUAAUUGGUAUAGAUCAUUGACUUGGUAUAAAUAUGCGCCUCCAUCUGCUUCCAUUGUUCUAAAGUGAAGCCAAAAUAUCACUGUAGUGGGUGCUGACAUAUUUGGCUGGUGACUUAGAGCUGGGACAUUUGCCAAAGCAAUCUGGCUGGUGGGGCUGUGGGUUUGAAAUCACACCCCCUCUGCUAGCUAAACCACACAGUUAAAGUUCCACUUUAAUGUCAGAGUUCCCUCAGGUCAGCAGAGUCCACAGCAGAACAGAUUUUUGAGUCAGACUCUCACGGCUGUUGUAAGUUCAUCUACUUUUGUGGUAUUUUUACUGUAUAUUUAUUCUCUACUCUGUCAAGCCGGUAACAGAGAUAACAGUUGUGUUUAUGACCGAUACUGCAGCUGAUCACUAGGAGGAGCUCUAAUAGUUUUAGCCCCUUUUUUUAGGUAGCUGUUUUUUGUUUUUAUUUUAUUCCAUGAAAUAGGUUAUAACCAUAGACUGCACAUAGAAUGGACGCCACUCCGAGAACAGCACCCUCUGUUGACAGGCUGCAGUAUAGGUCAUAGAUCCCGCCUCCGCCAGCAAAGCUUACAGAGCUGUGGACAAACUUAAGAAAUUUGUUACACAGAAUAUACAUUUUUCUCCCCUCUGCUUGCGAUGUUGACUUGUAGUUACUGUAAGACUGGUUUGUGCUCAAGUCCUCUUUUUUCUGUACAGCUCCGUUUUUAAAUGUUAUUAGGGGGUUCAUGUUUUCUAUGAUUGACACCUGAUACAGUUUAUGGGUGUACAAAGAUUGUGUAGCUCACUCCGGGAUAAGCUGUUUGAGCCGAGUGUCAUCACAGCGACUCCCGGUGACUUUCCCACCGAAUGCGUACAAUGCUACUGCGCAAUGUUGGUUUCAGGAAAUAAAGAAAAAUGGCUGAAAUACUGAGAGCUUUUUGGCUUCAAAUCCAUAUACAGACAGAAGGCGGAACCAAGUUGUCCAUAGUAUAUACAGUCUAUGGUUAUAACUUUGCCAGAACCUAAAAGAAGAAUAGGUUUUCCUAGUUCUUAAAAUGCCCCGCCUUGUGCAGGUGUCCCUUCAAAGGAUUUGUUUUUAUGGCUUUGAAAGAAUCAAUCCCAGGUGCAAACAUUGCACAAAUAUCCAGUUGUUGUGCGGUAGACUUUUACAGCUUCUUAUCAUGGAUAGCUGAAACCUAUGAAGGCCUAAAAGUCACACUUUGCUUCUCUUGGCCUGUUGCCUCAGGCUGCUGUGGCCGUUAUGCAAAUUCUCUGGGUCUCUGACAGCAAAAGGAAUGCAGCGUGCGUCACGGUACUGUUUGAUAGGAUCACACACCAGAUGAAGGGUUUUAAAAAGACAAACAAAACAGCCAGGUAGGGAUGAUUUAAAAAAAAAAAAAGACUUGUCAAACAACUCCUACCUCCUUUUGUUUUGACCCCAGUUCAUCUGACUGUUUCUCCUUCUCUCAACCCUACCUGUCUCUGUCUACAGUUCCUCCUAGACUCCCAGACUUAAAUCCAUCCGCAGAUAAAGUUAGCUUUGAGGUUUGAAGUCCUGUCCUGUCCGUUGUGAUAACCUAUAAUCAUAUAGGGUGGAUCAGCUUUUUUUCCCUCUUCCAUAUAUAUUUAGUGAAAAAAAAUCAUACAGCCUCGCAUAACUGAGACCAAAUGUUUAGAUGUGGCGGUAACAAAAAUACAAUUCCCAGCAUUCUUUUGGCUUCCUUUGCACUCUGGCCCAGUUGUGUGGAUUGACCAUAACUGACUUCUAAGCAUACGCACAUCUAUCUAUCUAUCUAUCUAUCUAUCUAUCUAUCUAUCUAUCUAUGGGAACCUUUCGUCUCUCUGUCACGUCUCUCUGCAGCAGCACAUGGCUCUCAUUAUUGCUGCGGUCAGAGCAUCAUUAUCCUCUGGUUGGAUUGUAAAACAAAGACGGGCUGAUGUGUGAGAGGCUGAGUGGAGGUAAUUAAACGUUUGGCAGUCUUCAUGUUGCGCUGUUGUAGCCCGAGGCCUCACAGACAUACAUACAGACAGACAGACGGACAGAAAGGCACUGAGGCUAAACAGAAACAAGUGGAGGUGUGAGACAGAGGGGGAGAGAAGGGAGACGGGCGGAGGAGUGAGCCUGAGACAACAAUGAUGAGUUAUGAUACGAUUGUUUUCAUAUUGUAAUGUAGGGUGUCAGCGUAUCAUCACUGAUCUGUAAAAGCUGUGUUUGAAGAAGAGUGUGAUUCCUAAAAGUGGGGUUGCACACAUUAAAAGUUGUGUAUCUAGUUGUGUAUGAAAAUCUGAAAAACAUGGUUGGUUGUACAUAGAGCACCACAAAAGUUUUCCAGAGACCGAAUUGAUUAAAAAAGCGCAACACUGCACACAGAAAAUACUUAAAACUCCUGAGAGGAACGACUGUUUUUGUCGUUUCUGGCGCCCCCUAUGGACAAAGCAGCCUUUGCUUAUCACGUCCCCUUCAUGCACAAGUAGUGUCUUCUGACUAAAGUCUCAUCCUGCUGAUUCUUUUCUGUCAAAUUUAUUCAUGUUAAUUUUUGUUAAUGCAGAAAUUUUAAAACCAGAGCUGCUUUUUUGUUUUUUUAAUUGCUCGGAUGACACCUACCACCUUGCGCUGGUUUUAGGCGUUAAAAAUAACAAUAUAAAAAUCGUCAGUCUUGUCCCUGAUGGUCUUAUUUGCUUUUAGAUCUCUGAAUUACCUACGAGAAUAAAGUCAUAGUAAAAUAAUUACUUAAGAGAAUAAAGUCAUUAAGUAAAUGAAGUCUUAAAUCUGCUUUUGUGGAGGAGGAAAUGGCUGAAACCGGUCAACUGCAGAGUUAUCAGUGGGUGCACUGUAAGUGGGUGUUGUUUUCUGCGGAAAAGAUGCAUUUCUUGCAUAUGUCCUGAUACUGUUUUUUUGAGGGGGGGUUGGCUGCUCGGCUGACACCUACCGCCUCGCACCAGUUUUAGGCGUUAAAAAUAACACUAUAAAAAUCUUCAGUCUUGUCCUGAUUGCUUUUUUAAAUCGUGAAAAGGCCUCAAUAUGAAAUCUAAACAUCAAAAAACUCCUCACUGGAGCUUUAAGUAAAACUAAAAUGACUUUUUUCAAAAAAGGGUUAAAAAAGGACGAGUACGCACAAAAUCGGCACAAUUACAGAAACAUGUAAAUGUCAUUCCUUUAAUUCAUCUGCCAACAGAGAGACACUACAAACUCAAACAAAGACAAGUAAAAGCAACACUACAAUUUUAACCUAAAUUAAGUUAAAUUUCAUGUUAAACUGUUUUUUUUUCUAUGCAGGUGUUCCCAUAUUGGAAGCACAAUCAUGGUCCAGAUUAUAAAAACUAUUAUGAAGCACUUUUGGGUAAAGCCACACUGAUGCUCAACAACCACAGAGUAUAAUGACAGACAGGACUUCUUCUAAAUGUUACCCGCUGCAGUAAGAUAGAUUUGUCACACUUUCAUGUAACUGGACAUUGCCGUACCUGUAAUUCUUCACUUUACAAAUUACAGAAUGAUUCAGCUAGUGUAUAAUUUCGUGAGAACGGCGAGCUCUCAGAAGGGCUGACUAAGAAAAAGGAGGAUGCUGGCGCUGAGGUCAGAGUGCAGUCAGACCUAUAUGUUGUAUUUUUCUUUGUUCAGAUUUAGACACAGUGGCUUUGGCUGAGUUUCUGUCAUAACAGCCAGAUUUUCUAAUUCAGCAAUGUGGCGAGGAGCUCACCAGCCCCUAAUUUAGGGUGGCUGCAGGGUGUGUGCACUAUAUGUGUGUAUGUACGAAUGAGAGAGAGAGAUAGAAAGCCUAUGUGGUUUACUUUUUAGGCAUUUUUACUACAGUUUGAAACUGUUUAAUGCUGCACAGAUGUUUCCUGCUCACCCCUGUUUUUUGCUCUGCUAGUUAAAACUUGUGCUAAAGCUAAUAUCAACCAGGAGACUUUUCACUUUUAACGUCUUAGAUUAACAAUCAUAAAGUUUUCAUCUUGAAAUGUUUCACCCUUGUGUUGUCAAAGUUGCAUCAAAAAAGGAAAAACUCAACUGUGGAGCGACAAUACAUAGGAAAUAGAAAAGUCGGGGAUGCUUUUCAGCUGGGUCCAACUUCACUGCUUCCUGAAUAGACAAGUAGACCAAUAGCUCAUGUUGCCAAAUAAUUUCCGCAGCAAAGCGUUUCACUAAUUUCAAGCCAACCGGAGUUGAUUGCAUUUAGUUCCACUCAGUUCCCCUUAUGUAACUUGGAGCUAUUAGGGUUUGGUUAGCUGGUUUGGAGGCUGUACAGCGCUGCGGUCAGGUGCUUCUGAGAAUGUGGAAAGUAUUCCUCGGCAUGUCUUGGAAAAGUCUUAUCCACCGUCUUCCUGUCAUUACUCACCAACAUAUCAAAAUAUCACAUGUGGAUUUGACAGAUGGAUUUAGGAAGGAUUGCCUUCAACACCUGUGGCAGUUAUUGGGGAAACAAACGCAAAGCAUUGAAGGAAAAUGUCUGUUUUUGAUUGAGCAAUCGGUAACACAACAUCUAUGUCCUUAUAUUUUUCAGAAUGUGGUCUCCAAAUCGGUCCAGUGUGAUGAGACAGAGUACCUUAAAGGCUCCAGAUGCUGCAAGAAGUGUAAACCAGGUAAACUCCACACACAAACACGAGGAGUGAAACGAGGAUAAAGAGGGUCCGGAUUUAGUUUCCAUUCACAGAGGUCGAAAUGAAAAGAAGAAGUGUGCCCAAAAAGGAGCAAUGAGUCUAAAAAUGGUUCAAACAUUUUCACAACCACACAUAUUCACACGGUAUACAUAUGUGACACUAGAGGAAGCCACUUCUAUAAAAGGAAAAAAACUCCACAGCUUUUCUCUUCUUGCGAAAAGUUUAGUUUUUAUGGUGUUUUCACUUCUCUUUUUUUUGAUCUGUAAUUUUCUCUCCAUCUCUCUGUUUUUGUUCGUCAGGUUUCCGGGUGUAUUCUGACUGCAAUGAGUCUCAUAAGACCAACUGUGUCAAAUGUGAUCGUGGUGAAUAUCAGCCCGGUUGGACUCAGGAGAUGCAGUGUCUGAAGCAGAAGUUCUGUGACCCAUGUCAGUAUCUGCAGCUUUGACGUUGGUUUAAAAAGUGGUUUUAAGUGGGUUUAACCUUCCUCCCGUGUUAGGGUCUGCACCGACCCGUUUUUAAAUGCCUAAAAGAAACACAUAAAUGAGCUUUUUUACAUCAAGACUUUUUGACUUUGCCAGGAACCUCUAUUUCAACAAAAUAAAAUAAAAAAAAUUAAAUUGACUAAAUUAUAAAAUGCACUUAUUAAAUUAUGACCCUUGUUGUGUUAGUGUCACUGUUGACCCGGUUAGAUCGAUAUCUAAUAAUAAAAUCAAAAGUGCACUGUCAGGCAUCACAUUGACAGUCAGAUCCUCUUCCAAUCACGUGAGAACUAGGAAAUUCUCAUUUUGCCUGGUUUUUCCCUGCACAAAAAAAAACAUCGGGCAUGCCCAGACAUGUGAGAUCAAUUCAGCAUAGAUGUCCGUGUGAGGGGUUUACUGAUAAAGAAAAACCCAGAAGACCACAUCAAAAAAUAUUAAAAGCAAUAUUUUCAUGGCUGAAUUAAGACACGGCUCAAAACGGACCCUUAACAUAGUGGGUGCGUGGUAAAAAUUAACACAGAAGGAAGGUUAAGUGCUCAUCCUUUUAAUCAGGGCACAGAUAUCUUACGUUUAAACCCAAAGGUUUUUCAAUUGGACAAUAUUGUCAAAGAUGUUCUGUUGGAGCCUGUUUGCUUCAAGCACUUUUAAAGCAAAGAUCGAACACUUCAAUUCUUGUCUGAAAAACUCAGCAAAGAAGGAGAAUUCAAGGCCCCAAAAAAUAGCCUGUUUGAUACAUUCGAACAACAAAAAAUGUAAAAUGUUUCUUAGUAAUCUGUCUCAUGAGAUUAAAAUGUGAUCGUUCACAAUGAAGAUUAGCUAUGUUUAUGUAAUGAAGCCACUUCGAGAGCUGUUACAAAUGUCUGAGAUAUUUACUUGUCGUCCCUCAGUUAAAGGGUUUAUGCCGAGGUCAGAGAACCCCUUAGCAGAGGAGCCGUGUCGCUGCCGCCCUGACCUCCAAUGCUACCCUAUCAACUGUGAGUUCUGUGAGAGGAUCCCCACCUGCAGCGCUGGAUAUGGACUCGAGGUAGACACUGGUGAGAGCCAACACCCAAACCCCGAAACUCACCUUGAUUCAUUUGAAGCAUCAUGUAAGAGAAAGAGCAAUGUUUGUGUUUGAUUACAGAGUCCACUCAUGGGAGGAAGAUCUGUGUCGAAUGUAAAAAGGGCCUCUUCUCAAGUGACAACAGUGCAGAACCGUGCAAACCGUGGACGAAGUGAGUGUUGAAUGCAUACACUGGAAAUUUUAGAUGCUGUAAAGCAACCACGCACUGAUUAUGAUGCAGAGACAGGUCAGCUAGUAAGUGUUCGAUUACAUCUUACAUGAUAUUCUUUGAUAUUUUGUGUCUUCUAGUUGUAAGGCGCAGGGCAGGCGUGAAACACAACCAGGCAGCGCUCAAGCUGAUGCAGAGUGUGGACCACCGAUCUCUGGUAAGAUACACACACACAGACACACACACACACACACACACACACACACACACACACACACACACACACACACACACACACACACACACACACAUCUACAGCAGUCUUUCACCGGUUUCAUGCAGAUUUGACAACCAAGCUCUGAUCUCCUCUCUCUUUCAGCUGCAGCACCUUCCUGGGUUAUAGUGUCCGGGCUGUCAGUCAUCACGAUUCUGUGUCUCCUCAUCCUGCUUCUCUCCUGCUACAAGGACAAACUGAAGCUGCUAUCCGGUAAGUGGCUGAUGUUAAAGAGAGGCGUACACUCAGUUGUGCACAUUGCAGAGAGAUAUCACUUACCUAAAAGUGUUAACCAAAGAAAUUUAAGAUUUAGGCUCCUAAUUUUUGAAAAUGUUUUAUUUUUUCUCAGUAAAUCUGCGAUCCUGCGUCCAGAAUCUGAAAAGGACGAGAAUACAGCAGGUAAACUUUGACCUCAGUUGAAAAUUAAUAGAAACAAAGCAAUUAUUUGAGUUUCACUUUUGUCUUUAAAGGGAUAUUCCAGCAUGAAAUUCAUGGUCAUGGUCAUGGUCAUACACACCAUAACACUGCUUCUCUAGUCAUACCAACUUUAAUAACGACCGCACGAUAGCAAUACACAGCGGUCUGAGGAGCCAUAAACAAACCUCAACCAAAACGCCACUCUAUAGCCACAAAUAAUGCACAGAACAGCACCUAACUUCAUCAACAGUACAAAUAGGGUCCCAGGCACAGCACUAGCCACCAAACAUCUUUUUAACUUUGCCUGAUUUCUUUAACAAAGAGACUAAACACAACUCACCUACUCUCUUCCAGCAGCCGCUUUAUUUGUGGCUAUAGAGUGGCGUUUUGGUUGAGGUUUGUUUAUGGCUCCUCAGACUGCUGUGUAUUGCUAUCAUGUGGUCUUUACUAAAGUUGGUAUAACUAGAGAAGGAAGUGGUCAGCAACAUUCAUCUCUCGACAGAGUGUCUACUUUGGUGUUACGGUGUGUUUGCCCCUAACUUAAUUUUAUGCCGGAAUAUCCCUUUAAGUAAAGAUUAGCCAGUUUUUGUUUCAAUUCCUUACAAAUCCUCUUCCUUCUGUCUGUGACUGCAGGAGACCUUGGCCCCUCUCUACCAGAGUGGAGCAGGAGGUGGCUCUGGAGGCCCCAAAUGUGCACCGUGUGAGAUAACCAAACUGGUCUGCCAAGCGCCCCAAAACCCAGCGGAUGAGCCCACGUGCACGUUCCCUACCACUGUUCCUGAAGUCAGGGUGUCACUGCCUCCGUCAGAGGAAGAAGUGAGCAAAAAGAAAGCGCUGAUGGAGGAGCAGAGUGAAGUCUCCGGGGAACCUGAGGAGGUGUCAGAAGAAGAGGAGGCUGCGAGCGUGUCUCCUCUUUUAGUUGGCUCCUGCGUGUGCGUCAUCCCCGUCCGAGAGCCAUUGGAAGUAGGGGAGAAUGAGGACUGUAGUCAGGCAGUCAGUUCGGGGACUCUAGGGACCUGCUCGUGUGGGGUACAGGAUGGAGAAGAAGGAGAGAAACCUGAGAGUGUAAGGGCAGGAAAAGGGGAUGGAAAUCCAGAGAAGAUGAGCGAUGCAGGUGUUUCAUCUCUUGUCUCUCUUUCCUCCACCUCCUCUGUAGUCUCUCCAUCCAGUUCACUCCCUGAACUCUGCCUGCCGUUGUCUCAGGCUCAGGUGAGGCCAGAUUUUAAACCUCACCUGACAGACAGGUCCCCGGUAAAACAGGAGAACCUAUUCAGACUGACGAGCACAGACUCCACCUCCACAGAGAACAGUUCCACCUCCACAGUGACCUCGGUUAGCCCUCUGUUGACCUCCUCGUCUGUUGGAAAUCUCUACCAGGACAAACCAGCCGAGACCUCGGGUUCAGUGCAAAGCGAGGGGCUUUCCUGGGGAGACAGCAGGGGGAACAAGCUCUCUUCUGUGGAGUCAGGGCUAGAUUGCUCACCUGAGAGUCUCCACAGUCAGCUGGCUGAACCAACGCUUACCUCAGGUUUGUGACAUCUCAUUGAUAGGAUUCAAACUUGUGCGUACGGAGGCCCUAUUCUGCCAGAAAAAAUAAAGAUUUAUGAAAAAAAUACUUUUAAGUGCCAAAUCUGACUUGAACACACGAUCUAUUCCGUUUUUAUUGAUGCUAAAUAAGGUAAAUAUGAUUUUAAGCUGUUAUGAAUGCUUAUUACCACUCAUAAAGAUUGUGAUAAGGUGAAUUUACGAGGUUUUGUUCUUGUGCUUAAGAUGCAGUUUAAGAGGUAGAUUUGUAAAAUGUCAACAUUUGUUUUUACACUAAUAUCAUCUUUAAUCAAUUCAUCUUUAUUUCAAUAAUAAGUGUAAUCUCAAGAUGCGUCCAAGGUCAAUUUAAGAUUAAUUUUAUAUAACAAAUUAAGAAUUAACUGAAUGUUUAAAUUCAUAUUCAAGUUAAAACUUAAAAAAAGCAAAUAAGACAAAGACGCUUAAGUACAACAGAGUAUUAGGGCCACAUUAAGAAAGAAAAUUUAAGAGUUUGAGAUUAAAGCCAUAAAUUUACAAGGAUAAAGUCGUGCUAAAAUAAUUCCUUAUGAGAAUAAAGUCCUUACAUUCUAACCUGUUGUUUAAGAUGACAGUUGUUGAAAUAAGAGCCAUGGAGCAUUUCGUGAAAAUGUUCUUAAAUUUUGGUUUCUCAAACAAGGAGAAACUAAUGAUUUCAUUACGACUUUAUUCUUGUAAGUAAUAAUUUUAGUACAACUUAAUCUCCUAAAUUAUUACUUUAUUACGACUUAAUUCUUGUUAGUAAUGACUUUAUUCUCAUAAAUUAACGACUUAAAUCUCAAAAUCUAAAUUCUUUUUUCUUUUUUCCUAAUGUGGUCCUCAUCCACCGUCGUACCAAAGAGCUGCGUCCUUCCUGGAUAUUUUUGCUGUCAUCACACCGUCAAUCAAAAGUGAAUUCACACCGGUUGUGUGUUCUGAUCAUGGCUCAUUACAAAGACCAUGCGACCGCAGUUACAUGCGCCAUGUUGACUCUGCGUCCUCUGUUUGGAUAGGCAGCCGCCACUGUCCUGCCACAUAAUAGUCCCCGUGCAGGACUUGAUACACUUCGUUUCAGCGUACUCUUUUCCACAGGGUAGGUGGGAGUAGCCACCAAGAAUAACAGAAUGAAAUUUUUGUUGGUUAAAAUGGAAAGUUUUUACUGUCACAUGGUUGAGCUUGUUUUGUUUUUUUGUAAAGACUUUACACACACUGCCAAAAUAUAAAAAAAGGUUUUGGGAAACUUACUUCAAGAACAGUGAUCAAAGCCAACGGUGAGCUGAGAUCUAUUAGGCGAAUAUUCAGAGCGGGGUUUAUAACAAAGUAUUGGUUUCAGAAUAAGAAUACUCAAGUUUGUAAGAUUGCUUCCAAGGAACACGUUUUAUUAAAGCCAGUAUUGAUAGUUGGACCACACAUGCAGCAGGAAUAAGAUAUGAGUGUUUGAAAAGCCAGCGAACCACCAGAACCACACUCUUUCAGUGUUGUGUUUGUGUGUGUGUCAGUGUGAAGUAUGCCAUCUACAAAGCUCCUGUUUACCCAGAGUUCCAUAGGGUUGCGCAAAGUGACCACCGCUUUAAUUGAAGCAAGAUGUGCGCAGCUUGAGUAAUACUUUUAGAUCCUCGCCUGCCCGACGCACUCGCACACACACACAUUUGAACUUUUGAAGACUUUUUUUGACUCUCGCUGAUGACUGGGUACUUUAAUGACAUGCUUGAAUUUAACACCAUUUCCCAUCAUGCAGUAAAGACAGGUGAUUAUGUGGACUUCCCGCUUGUGUUAUGUAAAGCUCAAACACGGGUCAGGGGUUUCACUCAGUCACCUUAAACAUAAAAUCUCACAGAGUUCCCAUAUCGAGGCUAAGCUUAAAACAAGUUUUAUCUGUUGACUAUUCAGCAUUUUCACUGGAACAGUUUGUUCAAGGGCACUUUGACGGCACUAAUGAGCCAUUUCGACUGCAUGUUGACUAUAGCCAAGGUUUUGAACUGGCAGCCAUCCAGGUUAAAUAAGGAAGAUUCUGUGUAGCACUGUGUACAGAUGCGGUUUUCUCUGUGAUUGAAAAGAAAUGGGGUUCUACGGGAGUUCAUCCUCGGUCCGCAGUUUAAAACCCUGUCAGUAUGCUGCGCCGCUUCAAUUGUAGGGCAUCCAGAAAAAUCAGCUUGGUAUUAAGAAAGGAUAAACAACAGAACCCAAGCAGAUUCCUCAGAGCUUUGUUUUCAAACUUGCGGUGAAACGACAUAUUUUCAAGCUAGACCCCUCAGACUGCUAUUCCGGGAAAAAGGCUCUCGCGUCGGGAAACACAGAGACACACUCUGUGUCUGUGUGAAUGAUUGUGUUUUGACCGUGUUUGCAUCUUUAUAGGCUGUGUGUGUGUGUGCUCUGAGUUUAUAUGUGUAUGUGUAGGAGUAGAGGCGUCUGCCAGAGCUUGUUUGCUUGUUGUGAUUACGUGUGUGUGCGUGCUGAAUGUGUGAAUAGACCGGGCAUGAGCUGUGAGUCACAAGAAGGUCGGUCUGCUUGUUCUGGCGGCUGGAAACUCAGACAGGAGGCUGGAUAAAAUUAGGAACCGGAGGCCCAAUGUGGUGAAAGAUAGCUUACAAAAUGAAAAACACACUGUUUAUUCCCUAAUUCACCUGGUUGGCUGGGAUUGAUUUGUUAACAACAUGCAGACAUGAGUUUUACAAAUGUUUUUCAGGCAGGAGUCGUGGUAGAUUUACAAAUAAAGUUGAGAAAACCAUAGAAAGUCCUGAGAAACAAAGAAACAUACCACUUGGCGGUGGAGGGGGUUCAAAAGAGUUGAAACAUAUAUAUUCAGCCGUUUCUGUAAAACCCCAAACUCCAAGAAAAACAGCUUGUUUUCGGAGGUCUCAACUUUCUCACGCCAAAAACUACUGCACUCUGAAACAAAUAAGGCAGAGAGAACAUGUUAUGGCGGUCUAUGUAGCCGUGGUCAUCUUGCAUUGUCAUCACACCCACCGUCCAUUUGUCAUCUGAGGUUAGCCAGGAUAGAGUCCCUUCCUUGCUUACAUCACAAAUAGGGGAAGCUCUGUUGCCUCAGUGUGUAGGAAGGAGAUCGCCAUUGGACUGUGCCAUUAUACAAAUUACUUCACACUUCUCAAAAAGGCGUCAUUCAUUUGUGUCAAUUUAUGUUCCAGUUAGAGUGGGAGGUGUUGAGUCAUUUGCAUGAAACCAAGGUUUUUCACACAGUGGUAGUCUAAAAUGGAUGUAAGGUCCCAUUUGUAUAAAACUAGUGCAAGAGCUAGGAAGGUGCCAAAGAACAUGUGCUGCGUUAGAGUUAUCUCGGGAGUCAGAAGUCUGAGCUGAAAAUGACGUCACACCUGAGUUACCAGCGUUUCAGUUACCAAAUCAGAGAAAAGCAAAAUCGGAGGCGGAAACAAGAUGGCCGAAUAUAAGGCAAGCGCUAAAAUAACUUUCGUAGAUGUAGCCAUCUUGUUCCAGGCCUCCGAUUUUGCUUUUUUCCGACUUGGUAACUGAAACGCUGGGAACUCAGGUGUGAAGUCAUUUUCAGCUCCAACAUCUGACUGUUGAGGUAACUCCAACGCAGCACUAGUACACCUACAGUUGUUGAGUCAUUUGCAUGAAACCAAGGUUUUUCACACAGUGUUCCACUUGUAGUCAGAAAUGGAUGUAAGGUCCCAUUUAUAAAACUAGUCCAGGAACGUAGUAUACCUCAAGUUGUAGCUUCAAGCGAAGUGGUGAGACAGCAGAGGAACACGAUUAAAGUUUAAGGUGGAUGGCGUUUAAUUUUCUUUCCUUUCUUCUUAUUUUUUUUCUUCAGGUCAGGUGACUGGAAACAACAACACCACCUUCAUCUCCAGUGGUCAGGUUAUGAACUUCAGCGGAGACGUCAUCGUCGUAUGCGUUAGCCAAACGUCUCUGGGCAGCGAUGGCAUGGGGCAAGACGACGCCUUCGGGAGCCCCGUCCAAGAAGAGGCCAACGAGACGGCCCCCUUCUUUCAGAGCAGCCUGAGGUCACACGGGGACUCAUAUUCCCAUAGGACCUUGCAAGAAGAAACACUGCCAAUCCAGGAAGCCAUGGUGGAGCGGCAGCUGGGGAAAUGA